UUCUGCCUUCAAGAUGCUGCUCAUCUUCCUCACAGCCGCACUGCUAGCCCUGAGCUCAGCUCAGAUGACGACUCAGAGUCCAGAUGACGAUUCCAGAACUGGAACAGAAGAAAAUCUACUUCCAGAUGACCUUUUAGCUGCGGUUUCAGAAUCCCCGAUCAAGCCAGAUGAUAUCAUGAAGCCUGGCAUUUGUCCUGUGGAGGACAUUCCCAACGUCAAACCCCUCUUCAAACUAAAGAAAGUGAAACAUCACGUUAAAGUUCCCGGUAGAAAUCUCCUCAGCCUUUCUCCAACAUCCCCCAACCUUCCCAGUGUUUCCAGAAGCAAUUUUGAUCAGCCUCUUCAAGACUUAGCUAGGUUUCCCAACCCGAGUGUCCUGCCAAGCUGUACUAAGGAUGGACACUGUAUUGGACCUCUGAAGUGCUGCCCUACCCUCCAUCAGGGCCUACAGUGCAAGAAGCCCAUCUUGGAAGGUUCUGGCUCACUACCCACCCUGGCCAGUCCCUGCUGGAAGACUUUAAAGAGUAGAGAUUUGAUGGUGGUGGUAGAGGACUUCUUCACAACUGUGAGAGCUAGUCGGCCUUCUGCCUUCAAGAUGCUGCCCAUCUUCCUCUCUGCCACUCUGCUAGCCCUGAGCUCAGCUCAGAACACAAAUGACAAUUCCAGUGCGGUUGCCAUUAAUGGAACCACGGAUAAUCAGCUGCCAAGUAUCCUUAUAGCUCCAGUGCCAGGAUCUCUGAUUCAACCACCGAGUAAAUCACCUGAUGUGGUGAAGCCUGGAGUGUGCCCGACCAAAAAAAAAUCCAAAAACAAUAAAAAAUCCCUCAAAAAAGACCACAAAUCAGAAAAUGACGAUUCGGAGUCCCACCCUGAGUCUCCUAAUGACUCUGCCGAUCACCCGCCUCCGCCCAAGAAGGGCAAAGGGAAGGGUAAGGGCAAGGGCAAAGGAAAGGGGAAGGGCAAAGGAAAAGGCAAGGGAGAAAAGAAUUCCCAACAAUCAACUCCACCGCCCUCCUGCACCAAGGACGGAGACUGUGAGAACGAGCUGAAAUGCUGCCCCUCCAAGAAUCAGUCCAUGAGGUGCAAGAAGCCUGUCUUUGAGACUCCAAAGUAAUUUAUUGAAGAGACCCAGGUCCUGACUCCAGAGAGGCCGAAUGGAGCUUCCUUGGAACUGUGCUGACCUUAUCCCUCCCCAAACUGUCUCUAAAUAUCAAUAAACCCUUCAGCAUCAAAGA